AUGGCGCAGUCCGAAUACGUCGAGAUGCAGCGGCCCAAGGGCGAGUAUGCCGCAGUCAACACCACGAGCUCGUCGGAGAAGACGGGCAGCCAGCAAGCCCACGAUGGCCCGGAAUCGCAAGUUGACGACGUCGGCGCAACGCUGAGGCGACUCUUCUCCUUCUGGCAGCUCCUGGCCUUUGCAUUGAUCUUCAUGUCGUCGUGGGAAGUCAUGGCCAUGGACAUGGGAGCAACGUUCUACAACGGCGGCCCUCAGACACUCGCCUGGGGCAUCAUCCUCGUCGUCGUGGGCGCCAUGGCCCAGGCCCUGUCCAUGGCGGAGCUCGCGACCAUCCAGCCGAUCGCCGGUGCCCAGUACCACUGGACUCACUUCCUCGCGCCGGGAAAACACAGACGAUUCAUCACGUGGAUGCAAGGCUGGGUGACCUGGUUCGCCUGGGUCUCAGCCCUCGCCGGCUCGGCCGCAUCGGAGGCGAACAUCAUCAUGGGCCUCGUCGUCACGAACUACCCGAGCUACAACUUCCAGCCCUGGCACCUCACGAUGGUCGUCAUCGCGCAGCUCGUCGUCGUGGGGCUCAUCAACACGUACGCCUUCCGCACCAUCCCCUGGAUGGAGCUGCUGGCGGGCGUGCUGCACGUCGUCCUCUGGCUCAUCCUCGUCGUCGUGCUCCUGACCCUCGCCCCGCGCGCCAGCGCCGACUUCGUCUUCUUCGAGCGUACCGUCAGCUCCGGCUGGACGAACGACUUCGUCUCGUGGAACAUUGGCAUGCUGGUCCCGGCGUGGGGUUUCAUCGGGUUCGACGGCGUCGUGCACAUGGCGGAGGAGGUCAAGAGGGCGAAGCAGGCCGUGCCGCGGGCCAUGAUGUGGACGAUCGUGCUCAACGGGAUCAUGUCGUACGGGAUCAUCAUGGCCAUCUUGUUCGCGAUGGGUGAGCCGGAUGAGGUCCUGUCGUCGGAUUACCCGAUCAUCCCGCUCCUCUUCAACGCCGCCGGCCCGGCCGCGGGGACGGCCAUGGUCUGCGGGCUGCUCAUCAUCACGUUCUGCGUCGUGGCGGCUUCCCUCGCCUCGGUGUCACGAAUUACCUGGGCGUGGGCGAGAGACGGCGGGCUGCCGCGCUACUUUGCCAAGAUCCACCCCAAGCACAGAGUUCCCGUCAGGUCCGUCUGGCUGCCGUGUAUCAUCGUCACGCUGCUCUCGCUUUUCACGGUGGGGAACAACGCCACGGCGACGAUCUUUUCGGCCUUUACCGCGCUUUCGUCGCUGGGGCUGUACAGUUCGUACAUCAUCGCCAUCUCCUGUAUGCUGCACGCCAGGAUGACGGGGCGCGUCGGCCAUGGUCCGCAGUUCGAGGUCCAGUAUGGGGGAUGGUCGUUGCCGAAGGGUUGGGGCGCGCCGAUUAACAUAUACGCGCUGCUUUGGUCGGUGUAUCUGAGCAUAUGGCUGCCGUUCCCUCAGACUAUUCCCGUUACCGGGACGGAGAUGAACUAUGCUGGGCCGGUCUAUGUCGUAGUCGUGGCCGGUGCGCUCGGCUUUUGGUUUACUUGGGGGAAGAAGCAUUGGCCCGGUCUUAACAAGACCGCCAUCGAAAGGGUUAAGGCGUAUAACUAG